AUGACCAACUGGACAAACAACUCAAGCUGCAUGCUUAGUCUCAGCUUGUGCGAUGCAGAGGUUACAGACAAUGACAAUGAGACCAUGAGGGAUUUCGAGUAUCCUGUAGAACUCUUCCCAGUGUCUUUACUGCCUGCGAUAACGGUAACCUGUGUUUUGUUGUUUCUUGUAGGGGUUACAGGGAACCUAAUGACCAUUGUUGUUGUCACUAAAUACAAAGACAUGCGAACGACCACAAACAUUUACUUGUCUAGCAUGGCAUUUUCGGACCUGUUGAUUUUCAUUUGUAUGCCUCUGGACCUGUACAGAAUCUGGCGUUAUCGGCCAUGGAAUUUUGGGGACCAACUCUGCAAGCUAUUUCAGUUCGUCAGCGAGUGCUGCACUUAUUCGACCAUCCUGCACAUCACAGCGCUGAGCGUGGAGAGAUAUUUUGCAAUAUGUUUCCCGCUGAAAGCCAAAGUUGCAGUCACGAAAGGGCGCGUGAAAUGUGUCAUAGUCGUGCUCUGGCUGGUGGCUUGCUGCAGCGCAGGACCAAUAUUCGUUCUUGUUGGAGUUCAGCAUGUAAAUGGGACUAACCCGUUUGAGACAAAUGAAUGCACUUUCACGGAGUAUGCCAUCCGCUCCGGACUUCUUACCAUGAUGGUGUGGGUCUCUGGAGUUUUCUUUUUUCUGCCUGUGUUGUGCUUGACAGUUCUGUACAGCCUUAUUGGGAGACGGCUGUGGAGAAGAAAAAGACAUUCGUUUGCGCAGAACAUUUCCAGCCGGGACAAGAGUAAUAAGCAAACUGUGAAGAUGUUAGUGGUGGUUGUAAUUGCAUUUAUCCUCUGUUGGCUACCUUUCCACGUGGGACGCUAUCUCUCCUCCAAAUCAUCAGAGGCCAAUUCACCUCUCAUCUCUCAGAUCAGCGAGUACUGCACCUUGGUGUCGUUCGUGCUGUUUUACCUCAGCGCGGCUAUAAACCCUAUUCUAUACAACAUUAUGUCCAAGAAAUACAGGAUAGCAGCAUGUAAACUGUUUAGAAUGAAGCAUUCAGAGAGGUCUGCAUGUGCAACGGUCAAAACAGAGAAUGCGACUGGAUGGGGAGAAUCAAGUGGCAGUAAUUGA